AUGCUCUCCAUCAUCGGUCUCGUCGUAGUUCUAUUCUUUGUCCUUCUUCUUCUUUUCGCCGUCCGCUCCCAUCCAAUCCCGCUGUCCCCCGGCUCCCGAAUUCUUCUAGUCAUCGCCCAUCCCGACGAUGAAACCAUGUUCUUCUCACCCAUCAUACGAGCGCUCAUUCACUCCGGACACCGUGUUUUCGUGCUUUGUGUCUCUAACGGCGAUUUUUACGGACUGGUUAGUUUCCUAGAACUCUUUCUAUUAAAAAUUCAAUCAUUCCAGGGUACAAUCCGAGCAAGAGAGCUCUCUCGCGCAGCCUCAAUGCUCGGCAUUUCUGCCAGCGAUGUCACGUGUCUCGAUUACGACGACUUCGCCGAUGGAGAUCAGUGGAAUCGCAAUGCUCUCUGUCAAAUCGUCAUGCGCCACGUCGAAGUGCUCUCCGCCGACGUCGUCAUUUCUUUCGAUUCGCACGGCGUCUCCGGCCAUCACAACCACGCGAGCUGCUUCGAAGCGCUUCAGACGGCGUACAGUAACGGAGGAGUGCCGCGUGACGUUCAAAUCUUCGUGCUCGACUCGAUUCCAUUGUGGCGGAAGUACAUUGGAUUGUUCGAUGCGAUCUUCUCACUCGGCCGCUCUCCGUUCUUCUACGUCGCCCGAUUUCGUGACGUGGCGGCGUGCUGGAGAGCGAUGAGAGCGCAUUGGUCGCAGCUCAAAUGGUUUCGUGUUUUGUUCAUCUUUUUUAGCAGGUAAAUUGUAACCCCAAAAAAAGCCAGCUAAACCAAGCUUACUAUUAGUGCUACUGCGGUCGAACAGGCGAUUUCAGGCGCCUGCUCGACCAGCCUAACAUCAACCUUUAUGUCUGCUUCUUCUAACGUUUUAAUGGUUUUUUUUGCAGAUACGUGUACAUGAAUAGUCUCCGACGAAUCUCGCCUUUACCGCUGACACCGUCACCACGAAACGCGCAUCAUCAGAAGUUCAAGUUUCAUUAG